AUGUCUCCCACCCAGCUUGAGCCAGUCAAGCUCAUCAGCCUUGAGGGUGAGUCUCAGUGCUAGCGCGUGCUCCAGAACAGCUCAAGUCAAAGAUGAAAACAAAUUGCGGAUUUUGCAGGACUGGCACUUUGAUGCCAAUGGCUACAACAAAAACUUGAAGACCUACUGAAACCAAAUGCUCAUGUUGAGGGCUCCUCCGUCUUUCCAGCAUCAAGCUCGAAGUGACCCUCAACGGCAACUUCAAAACACUCCUCCAGCAGCUCACGUGCUUCUAGACAUCUAAAUGACUGACAUGCCUCCUCGUACAGAAAUGCAGGGCUGCAUGGCCGCCGUCUACGAAUGGGCCGACAGCUACGACAGCAAAGACUGGGAUCGUCUAAGCAAAUGCAUCGCCCCAACCCUCCGCAUCGACUACCGUUCCUUCCUCAACAAGCUGUGGGAGAGCAUGCCGGCCGAAGAAUUCGUCAAAAUGGCUUCCGACCCCAACGUGCUCGGCGACCCGCUGCUCAAGACCCAGCACUUCAUCGGCGGCACCAAAUGGGAGAAGGUCUCCGACGACGAAAUCAUCGGCUACCACCAGCUCCGUGUCCCCCACCAGAAGUACACCGACGAGACCAUGAGCAAGGUCCUCGUCAAGGGCCACGCGCAUUCCUUCAACCUGCACUGGUACAAGAAGGUCAACGGCGUGUGGAAAUUCGCUGGCUUGAACCCGGAUAUCAGAUGGUUCGAAUACGACUUCGACAAGGUCUUUGCAAGCGGACGCGAUAGUUUUGGCGAGGAGGGCAAGAUGGCCGAGCAGGCUUCUGGUGGGUUGAACUUCGAUCAAGUGGUGGAUCCUUUGAUGUUGCAGGCUAAUACCAUUGUUCAAGGCAUUCCUCCAAGCACUUAG